AAAGGAAGCCAUGUUUCGGUGACUAGCGGGACUGUGGCUGAAGAAGGAGCUCGAUGCGAUUCGGUAUAUCACAAGACAGUGAUGUUUCAGAAUGUCUAAAACAUCAUCUUACGCAAUACGGCAUAAGCUAGAUGAAACGUCAUGUGGACCCUCAUGUCAACAUCCCGAGUGCUGGGCUUCAAAUAGACGAAUUCAGAAGCAUGUUCCUAGAGUCUUGACACCAGUCGCCAAUACGAGCAGACGUAGUCAUGCUGUGGCAGAUAAUGAUUAUCACCUUGACGAUGAGGACGAUGAUUUUGGUCUACCAACACUCAAAGUGAGAAAUAUGUUGGAUGAUUAUGGUUACAGUGAGAAAGAUCGAUAUCCUUCUAUAGGUAAUGGACACUUGAAAGAAAGUCACAGAAGAAGCAGCUCACUGCCGAGUAUUCGUAAUUUGGACAGUCUUGUGCCACCCAAUCCUCCUCCUCCAACCACUUCGCCUACCAGCUCUGCACCUGAAAGUCAUCGCAGCACCCAGAGUGCCCCUCCCCCUCUGAAACCCAUCAUCCCCUCUAUCAAAAAGGUUGAGGUCCAUGAAGUGUUCGACUGGGAGGAUCUGAGGAAAAACUGGACGGAUACGUUUGUUGCUUCCCAGUAUUAUGUAUGGUGUCCUGCCAAGAAAAAGGUACAGAGGAGAGUACAGAAAGAAGAUGCAAGUACAAGAACCUCUAGUCGAAGCAACAGGCAAAUAAAAGCUAAAAACAUCAGUGGAGAUCUCCUCCCUUCAGAAAUGCAGCACCAUCCCAAGAAAAAACCGAGUAGUAGGCGGUCUCGUAAAACCCCGUCUGGUGGCCAGCCGUACACUCCGAGGACUAGCGCCAAGCGGUCAACAUCACAACAGAUACAGAUGGUUGAGAUAGGACCUGUAGAAAAUAUUGAGCCUGACGGACUAAGCGAACUUCUUAGUUUGCCGCGAGAUAUUCUUAUUGAAGUAUUACAGCAUACAAAACAAAGUGAUCUACUCUCCAAAGAAAAGAUCCACUCCAUCUUACAGAAGAUACUACCACAGCUGCAGUUCCACCACGAUAUAGAAGCGGCCCAGCCCUCAUCUCCUACUGUCCAGACUGGUCACGUUCUGCAAAACAAGAAAUUGACCUUACUUGACAGCCGGGUCAAGCAUCAGCCACAAGCAACUGAUCAUUAUCAUCCGAGGGCGCUGUACUACAUGGACGAUCAUGUACUCGGCCAUGUGAGCACAGCUAACAUUGAUGAUCAGACUUACGACGAUAGAGAACUUACUCCAGUGUCAACAGCAUAUACAGAUCUGCUGACACCUAGAAGGAAAACUCCUACUAUCACAGUGGACACUAUCCCAAGGAUAACUUCAAUAUCGACAAAAUGUCUUCCACCUUUGGAACCGGGAGUGCGACCAACACGGCCGUUUAUGUACAAAGGAACCAUCAUGCCUGAUCUGACUCUGGGCCCUGUGCCAAGUCCACAACGACAUGAACCAUCUGAGAGUGACCGUAAUGAGACCCCUUACACUGAAAUGGAAGCCUCGUCAAUCCAUGUUACUAUGCCAACAGUUGGUUCAACUGAUCGUAGCGGGUUAUCUCCACUUGGAUACUAUAUGGGUAGUCCAAUCAGCAUGCCACCAGGUGUGUCCGCGAAGACGACCACGCCACCACCUAGUGAAGAUACGGAUGGGGAGGAAGAAUAUCCACUGCAUGCCCUAUCACCAUCUUUAUCAACUCAUGUUCCAAAACCACCCUUGGGCACUCCCAAUACUUUACCCAAGACUAGUCAAACGUGGAAACAUGAUGAGAACUGGUCUCCUAUUCAGCCACGGACACCAGCAAACACACCCAUGACUUCACACAUUCACUUAAUGGCAACUACAACUCAGGAGAAACCACUGGGAACGAUUGCCGAGGCACAGAGCGAAUACAUGGAAAGGUCAACGCUGCAGGGUCCAAGGAGUAGUACGGUGCCACUCAUGUCGCCGUCACCACCUCCGGAUUUGUUGUUACCGCAAGAAAAAUCCGAGGUCACAUCAAAUAGUAAGUCCCCAGCGUUAGCGAACAGCGUGAUCCCGCAAGUGUCUGAGAAAUCGAAACAGUCUCCAAUACAGUCAUACCACACAUCUGCACCAGAGAUGCAGUCACCGGAACCGUGGCCGAUUGUUGAUGAAAGUGACUAUUAUAACAAAAGCCCAGAUAGCAGUAGAAAAUCUGGUCAUUCAGAGUUGGUGGCGCAGCGACUUGCCGAUCAACAAAGCAUCGAAGACGUUGCCCCAGCACCUCCUCCUCCAUCACCAGAACCUCGCGACUCCACCUCCAAAGAAGUUGACUCUACUUUGGACAAGUAUGUAAAUGAGAAUAUUGAUGUUGGGAAAAGUUCAACGACCUCAAAAGGAUCACUAGCUCCCCUCCAAGAGGAAGGUGAUGAGGAGGGUGAUGUAGGUGAUGCAAGCAUCGUCAUAGCGAGCAAAGAUGAUGAUCAACCUCCAGAGAUUGAGUUGGAUGAAACUGAUAAUGUUGUGGAGGAGAAAAAUAAUGCACAUGUGGAAACACUGACAACAGAGAAAACAGACUCAAGGAAGAUUGAUGAAAAGCAGUCAAAGGACAAUGAGGAGGAAGUUUGCAAAGAUGAUGGGACAACUGAAUCCACUCAAAAUGAGGCAGAAAAAAAUGCCUCAAAUAAUCUAGAAGGUAUUUUAACAGCAACAGCGUUACUCUAAUCACAGUAGAUGCUGUUUAUGUUAUUGUCGAUUUUUUUAAAUAAAAUUUGGCUUGAAAAUAGUUCAGAGUCAUGUUAGCCUUCAAACAGUGGGCACAAGAUUUGUAUGGAACUUUGCAAACUUUCUAGGAAAGUCCACAUGAAUAUUGCAAGAUAGCGUUAUCAAAUAAUCUAAUGUUAAGAAAAUGAUUUGCUACAUUUUGUGACAAUUUCACUUUCCCACUUGAUUUUGAACUAAUUAUUUUUUGUCUCUGUACAUACUAUGGCUAAGUUGUUGUCUGUUUUCAUAUUACAACAUUGCUGUGAAUAUACAAAAGAAGUUGUGAAUUAUCUGUACGGGCGAAGUUGAUGGGGUUAUUGGAACAUUGAUAGAGACUUUACUAGGAAAGUUGCAAGUUUAAUACCCAUAUGAAUCUUGUUUGCACCCGCUCUAACAAUGUACCAUAGACAGCUAUAAUUUCAUGAAAGACAACAUUUUUGCAAAACUUGAAAAUGAACAUUUCAUGAAGACCAAGAAAAAUUAAAAAUGUAGCAGUCAUCAACAUGCUGCAGUCCUCCAUUCAAAACAGUGACCUCUAGCCACUCCUUGUGAAAUCUGCCAUCUUUGAUUUUUUUUCUUUUUUUUUUUUUCUUAACAAAAAAAAACCUUGUUUUCAGUAAAUCAGAAACCAUUUCUUCGAGUAGCUUCAAAUUUCAUCUUUAACUGAUUCAGGCAUAUAUUGUGAAUAAAUAAAUGAACUUUAUGAUUGAUAUUUCCCAGAAUAUUUUAAAGAAGAAGUCAGUCAGU